AUGGGAAAUGUGUUCCAAGUUCCCUCUUUCAGAUUUGCUAUACUAUGCAUAUGCGCCGUGUCAAUGCAGAAAACCAGUGGAUCGUCAUGGGAUAAUCUGACUGUGUUGGACACCGUGUGGCGAGAGCUCCCACCUUAUAGCUAUGCUGCGGACGAUGGUGUGGUAGAUGGCGUUCUGCCGACUGUACUCGGAGAAAUGAUGGAAAGAUGCUACCAGGACGUAUAUAGUGUCGAUUACACGACACAAGUCGGCAACGGUAUUGAUCUUGAGAUCAAGUACAACGAUGGAAAUGUGACAAUGGCUCUGCCAGUAGCAUUUCCUUAUUUGCAACCAUGUAAAAGCAAUAGUACGGUGUUCAUACCCGUAAUACAAUCACCGGGCGCUGUUCUGGUGAUGGCCAUUGACCAAAGUCGACAAGUUGGUUCUGAUAUGGUAAACAUUAUCUUCGAAGGAUGGCCACUUUUACUUAUUAUUCUCAUCUCUGCUGGUCUUGCUGGCACUGUGAUGUGGUUACUGGAUCGAUUGUGGAAUCCAUUGGAAUUUCCAAGACCAUUCAUUAGAGGAUUCUGGGAAGGAUUCUGGUGGGCAUUUGUAACCAUGACAACGGUUGGAUAUGGGGAUCGUUCACCCCGCUCGAUACCAGCUCGUUUGUUUGGAAUAGCUUGGAUUAUUGUUGGUAUUGCUAUAUUGUCCGUCUUCACCGCUAUUGUCACCACUGAAAUGACAGAACAAACAUUUGCUAUAGAGUAUCAUCUAGAAGGCAUGAAGUUGGGAGCCUUAAAUGGAACAGAGGAUCACAGAUUAGCUGUACAAUCGGGAGCCGAAGUCACAGUGUACAAUACAUUGAGUGAGUUAUAUACAUCUGUAGACAACAUGUCUGGAUAUCUUCUUGACCAGUUAAUAGCGGCUGCUGAAAUAGACGAGAUUGGUAAACUGGGUCACGGUAUUGCCAUAUUUGUAGAAAACCCGGUGCAUUAUGGGAUACUUGUAACAAAUAUUGAAGACGACAAAGUGCAGUGUUUUAAUAAUUACGUCAUGAACAACCGACAUCGUAUAUUUUCGGAACUGAGCAAACGGGUGAAACCAUUAAGGCCGUAUACGUUAGAUGUGUUAAUUGAAGAAGAACCGUUAUUUCACACCGAAACCAUUAUGUUAAUACUGUACGGGCUGGCUGGCUGGGCUGCUGUUAUUGUCAUCGGUGUUAUAUGGGAGUUUACCUACUAUAGACCGAAACACAAACGGAGAAAGGCGGCUAAGAAAGAGAUAGCUAGUACCAAGACUAGCAAGGCGGUGAGUUGGAUAGUAUAUAUGGCGAAACCCUAGCACCUAUUAGUGAGAUGUUAACGAAAAAACAACAACGACG